UAAUGAAAGACUUAAUCAAACCUCUUUUAGUCGUCAUAGAUUUCAACCAAAAAUUUACAGGUUCAAGAAUCUUGAAGGAGACAAAGAGAAGAAUCUUGGAGGAGACAAGGAUGACAAAACUCGUUUCUAAGACUUUAACGAGGUUGAUCUCUCAAAGUCAGUACAUGUCUUCUUCUACUACUAGCAAUCUCCCUGCUACUUCCAAUCUUGAGACCCAAUUGCUUUCUUCAGUUCCACCACCCGCAAAGAAGAAAAGAGGGUCAGCGUUGUUAUGGUACUUAGUUGGAUUCACUACUUAUGGUCUCGGUGAGACGUAUAAGUUCCUACAAACAGAUUUGUACAAGAAACAUCUUGAUUUCAGACGACAAUGCUUGGAAACGAAACCAAUGAAGCUCAAUACAAUGAAGAAUGUGGAUGAGUUAGGAUUUCGACGGGUGGUAUGCAAAGGCGUUUUCGAUGAGCAAAGAUCGAUCUAUGUGGGUCCAAAGCCUAGAUCCAUGUCCAAAGGUUCUGAAAAUGGCUUCUAUGUCAUUACACCUCUUUUGCCAAUCCCUAAUGAACCAAAUAGUAUGAAGUCCCCUAUUCUAGUAAACCGCGGAUGGGUUCCUUCAGAUUGGAAAGAAAAGUCUCUAGAAUCUCUAGGUACCGGUGUUGUCGUUGCUGCUGCAAAUGAGGCUAGAAAAUCUAAUAAAAUACUCUCCUCUCAACAAAAUCUCUUGUCGAAGUUCUGGUGCAAGUUUAACAACCCAACAAUUGCUGAGAAGGAUCAAGUCUCUGGGGCUAUGCAUGUGGAAGUGGUUGGUGUAAUUAGGAAAAGUGAAACUCCAGGCAUAUAUACUCUAGUAAAUUAUCCAAGUUCGCUUGCGUGGUUCUACCUUGACGUUCCUAAACUGGCUCAAGCAAUGGGAUUUAGUGAGGACACAAUGUAUAUAGAGAAUAUUUACAAAGAUAUGGAUGAAAGUAGACCAUAUCCAGCUCCGAGAGACGUUGAGAACUUGAUUCGUAGUAAGGAUAUACCACUGGACUAUCACUUAUACACAGUUUUAUGGCAUUGGAGCUCCCUGACUUGCUUUAUUAAGGCGUCAUCGAUUUUAAUGCGAAAAUUUACAAAAUCUGAUCCUGUUGGUAUUGAGCCAAUAUUGAUUCCGAUUUGUAUUCUAUUUUUUAUAUGUACCAAGAUAUACAGUCUUCGUAACUUAUUUUGUAAAGUGGACACUAUUGGUGUUGGGUGUCUCACUAAACUCGAGCCAGGAAAGGACAUGCCCAAUGAAGGAUGAAGAUCGUUCACCUGAAGAUUGAGGAGAGGAUAUGGAUUGUAUAAGCAAAUGAGAAGACAGAGAGAGGAAAAUUUCAUUCCGUAUAUUCAAUCCAUUUCCCCCUAUUUAUCUCUUAGAAACAUCUCGCAUCUGAAACGUCGUCAUUUGUACUCUUCACUUCAAUUUAUCAGUAAAACAACAUCAGUUAUUACAA